AUGGGGCGAAAGCCGAGUAACGUGUACGACUACUUUGUCCGCCUCGAACCGGAAGCCGACCACAAAGGCUUGGUCCGCUACCAGUGCAAGAAGUGCGACAAGCAGUACGCGAGCAACGCCACUCGACUGGCCGAGCACCUCAAGAUGUCGUGCGUCCCGGGGUUCCAGACCAAUCAGCGCAUCCGAAAAGCUGCCGACAGCCUUCUGCCAGCUGGACCGGUGCAGUCGCCCCAAGAGUUCAGGGAGGCUCCCGACGCCACGGAGUCAGCGAUCAAAGAGAUGGAAGAAGCUGUGGGUCCAUUGCCGCCCCUUUCUGUACCGCGUCCCGACCCUUUGGUCGCUCCUGGCGUCGAGACGGCGCAGUCGCUCGCUCUGAGACGGUCGGACCACCAACUGCUGACCAACAUGUUGGAGUCCGAAAGUGAGCCCCCUCAAGACAGCACGGAAGUCCUGCUGCGCCUGGCGAAGCUGUCCACUUGUGCGAUUGGAGACGCCAUGGCACAGCUGAAGCUGCAGGGGUACUGCUUAGUAGACGUCAACCUCGUCCGGGGGUACGAUACCCCGCUGGCCAUGAAUAUCUGUGGCCCUGCGUUCACGGUCGAGGUGAUGCCACUCACUAGCUCGUGCAUAUCGAGUGGCUUCAGUAGUAACUACAUGGACGCGGUGGAGACGAGUCAAGUGGUGGUUAUCAGUGCACCCGAGCGAAGCCCGACCGCGGUGUUUGGAAGAGUGUUAGCUACUGCCUCAAGAGCUCGAAACGUCGCGGGCGUCGUGACCAACGGACGGGUACGACAGGUCCGCGAAUUGUGCAGCUUGAACUUCCCUGCGUUCGCAACAGGGACGGCCGUCCAGGGCGAGUAUGGCGCGACAACUGUCACCCGCGUGAACCGCACGAUCCUCGUCGCAGGUUGCGUCGUCCGUCCGAACGACAUCAUCCGAGGCGACGUGAACGGCGUAGUGGUGAUUCCAGUUGACCGUGCCCAAGACAUUGCAACGCGCGCGGAGGUGCUCGAAGACCAAGACAAUAAACUCCUGGACGCCUUGAAAAACGGCGAGCCUUUGCAUCGCUUACCACACUGUUGUCGCACAUCCCGGGACGUCUGA